AUGCCGACCAAUACGCCACAUGCAGCAGAACACGCCAGUCGCAAUGAUGGCCCAAACAACGACUCAGCGCCGUCCAUCUGCGAUUUCUUGGCCGAGCUGCGCGCAGCCGACUUUUACCAGAACCAGAUUGUCGAAGAAGCCACUGUAGUCACACCCGCCGUUGACGCCCAGUACCAGCCGCUGGUGCUCAGUCCACCAACCCCAUCGCCAUUGCCACAGUCUUUUCCGCCAGCGGUCAGCAGCGACAGCAUCUGGGACACACUGCGCAGCGUGCGCAAUAUCGACCAGCUGUACUCACACCAGGCGCAGGCCAUUGGCGCCAUACUACAAGGCCGCAGCGUAGUGGUGAGCACUGCAACGGCCAGCGGCAAAUCACUCAUCUACCAGCUGCCGAUCCUGCACAUUCUAAACCAAACGCCCUCGGCCACUUUUCUCUUGGUCUUCCCCACAAAGGCGCUGGCGCAGGACCAGCUGGCCGCACUGCGCGACCUCAUCCACCGCACCCCAGGUCUGCACAACGUCAAUGUCAGCACGCUCGAUGGCGACACCCCAACCAUGGCUGGCGCACGCUCAGACAUCCGACAAUUGGCGUCUGUCAUCCUGACCAACCCCGACACACUGCAUGCAGCCAUGCUGCCGAACGCGCGCGGUUGGCAGUCGUUCUGGGACCGACUGCGGCUGGUCAUCAUUGACGAGAUGCACACGUACGAGGGAUUAUUUGGCCAACACGUCGCCCAUAUUCUGGCGCGCCUACGCCGGCUGUGCACCGCGCAUGUGCAGUUUGUCGCCUGCAGCGCCACGGCUAGCAGUGACCCUGGCGACCACAUGCGUCGGCUAACGCACACUCCAACUCCCACAGUCAUUGACACCAACGGGUCGCCACACGGCCCACGCCAUAUAAUUGUCUGGGACACGGCCAGGGCAAAGCACAAGCGCGACUUCAACGACAUUGCUGUAAUCUGCAGCCGGCUGCUUAAUGCCGGGCUGCGCAGCAUAGUGUUCUGUAAGUAUCGUCAAGCUUGCGAGUUGGUCUACCGCGAAAUCAUUGACUACCUGGAUGCCAACCGUGGGAUGCAUGCGCUCAAACAACAGGUGCUGAGCUAUCGGGCCGGUUACUCGGCGCGGGAGCGGCGGCAGAUUGAGCAGGCAAUGUUUGCUGGCCACACACGCAUGGUUGUGGCCACUAGCGCGCUGGAGCUCGGCAUUGAUAUCGGCUCCCUGGAUGCCGUCCUCAUAGUUGGUCUGCCCACCAGCGCAUCCGCUCUGUGGCAGCAGAUCGGACGUGCUGGCCGCCAGCCACAAAGAAGCGCACUGGCCAUGGUCAUUGCCACCGCCAGUGUAGUUGACCAGGCUGCGCUCAAACACCCAACCCAUAUUUUUGCGCGCAACAUUUCCGCUCCUAUUGAGCUCGCCAUGGAGCCACCUGUCACUUGGGCACAUCUGCAGUGCGCGGCCUUCGAAAGGCCGAUUAACCCGACAGCUGCUGCAGACCAGCUGUUUCUUAAAAACAUGGGUAUCACCCCAGAGUCUUUACAGAACACAGCCGUCCUGGCUGAACCGGCUGGGUUUGCGCUGCCAUGGGACCAUGUGUCUGGCCGCUGGAUCUGCGCCAUGCAUUUCAAGCCAUGGCCUCCGCUCAAGGUCCCUAUCCGAUCCAUUCAACAGCAGGUGGAAGAUAUCUGGCAGGUGAUCCUCGCGGCCUCGCCCAGUCAUGGCCUGCGCCUGCUCGAAGAAGUCGACCGCGAGCGCGCCACUUAUUUGCUCUAUGAGGGUGGUAUAUUCUUGCACCGUGGACGCACGUACUCUAUUGAUCAAGUGGACAUGGACUCGCGUGUCGCCCUGGUGUCUGAAUCCAACGUCUCCUGGUACACUGCCCAGCGCGCUCUUGCCGCUAUCUCCGACCCUGCAUUGCCAUUGCCAUUGGCACAGCCAUUGUCACUGCAUUCUUCUCCCUCUUCUUGCUUUACCACGCCAUAUUUGUUUGGCAAACUCCAAGUGGUCACAAAAGUAUUCGGGUACAUUCGCAUAGACGCGCGCACAAAGCAAACCAUUGAAGUGGUCGACCACCCCUCAACACUGCCCAGCAUCACCCUUGAUGUCGCCGGCGUCUGGAUCGACGUGCCCUUAUCCGUUGCCACCGCACUAUCCACAGCCAACCACAAUGUCGAGGCGAGCAUCCACGCGGCCCAGCAUGCCCUGAUGUAUGCAAUGAGCAAGCAUGUGGGAUGCUUGGUGGCUGACUUGGACACUGAGUGCAAGGCCCCAAUGAUGCUGCGAGCCAGCAGCAGCAGCAGUAGUAGUUCCAGGCAGCCAAGAAUCAUGGUUUUUGAAAGACAGCCGGCCACUGCUGGUGCUUCUUAUUCUCUGGAGGGCCCUGUGCGCAGGUCAUUGGCUCAUGCCCGGGAUAUUGUGCACUGCGCGCUGGAUCGCAUUAGCGGCUGCCGGUGCGACAACAAUAGCAGUGAUAAUGGUGACAAUGACAAUGACGCUGGGUGCUUUGGUUGCGUGUACUUGCGCUCGGGGUGCACUGAGCGCAACAAGUGCAUCAGCAAGCAUGGCGCAAGCCUGCUUCUCCAAAAGCUGCUAGAAUAA